UUAAAUAGAAACAACAAAAAAUAUUAACGCGCAAAAAAUUACAUAUUCUUUUAAUCAUUAAUUCAAUACCGUCAUAAUAGUUUUCUUGAAAAGUUAAAAAUAUAUUUUAUCAGUAAUUAUAUUAUAAUAAUUUAAAUCCAAUUUAAAAUAAAAUGUAUAUGUGUGUGUGUGUUAAUAAUUAUAUAUUUAAUUACAAUUUAUGUUCACAGUUUGUUCUACAUUUGCACUUGUAGAUUUACGUCUCUGUGUAUUUCACAAUGCUUUUGCAUAGUAAAUACAAAGGAAAAAAAAAGAAAAGAAAUAACUUUUGGGAUUGUUUGAACUUUCCUAUCAUUCAUAUAUUGAAAUACUUUGAUACUUUGCGUACAUUAAUCUAUAAAUACAAAGAUUUUGCAAAUAUUUUUGUUCGUGAUUAUAAUUAUUUUUUAUCACACUUAAUUAUUUAACGUUAUUGCGUAAUGUGUACGAAAUUAAUUAAAUAGAAAAGGCUACCAGUUAAAUAUAAAUGACGAAAAUGUGGAAAACUAAAAGUAAAAGAUAAAGUAUAUUAUCUAUUGGGACACUCCUACUGUGUCUUUGUUCAAAACGGAUGUAUAUAAUCAUGAGAGUAGAAAAUUGUCAUAAGCGGUGAGGAUCGCACCAUCACCGUCAAAAUGUCACGGAAGUUACAGUUCUUUAUAUGCAUAUUUUGCGUGAUUUUAUAUUUAUCAACUUGUUUACUUUUUUUACAAUUAAAAACUAAACUACAUCUAAUAAAAAAUAUUUUUGUUACAAAAAACAAUAAAACAGAGGAUACAGAUCCAUCUUCAACAACGUUCGCGCACAAUCAAAGAUCUGUUAACUCUAAUAUAAAAAUAUUACAGUAUGAUAAACUUGAAUUCAAAUAUCAGCAGGAAAAUGGACUGUUACUUAAGCAAAUUUCAAAUACAUGUAUAAAAUAUAAUUUAAAAACUCCAUUAAAAAGAGAACAUUUCUUCUACAAUUCUAAACAUAAAUCAUUGUACUGUUGGAUUAGAAAGAUUGCGUCUACUAGUUUUACAGCAUUAUUCUCUAAUAUACAAGAACAUAGAAAUAUGGAUUUAUUAAUACCGCGUAACUUAAACGAAUUGGAACAUUCGAUAAACGAUUCGAAUAUUUUUAAAUUAUUAGUCGUAAGACAUCCGUUUGAAAGGCUUGUUUCCUCAUACAGAGAUCGGAUAGAAGAUAAUACAAAAUAUACCGCUCAAGCUUGGAUUUAUACUCAAAAAAUAUAUCGCUUUACAAGACCAAAUUUGUUUCAUUAUAAUAGAACAACUGGUAAUUUUUUUCAACAAAUAUUUACCCGUGGUAGAAGGUUAAAAGUAAUACCAACAUUUAAAGAAUUUGUAGAAUGGUUGUUACAGGAAUCUCCUGAAAAUGACGAUGUACAUUGGGAUCGAUAUUACACUCAUUGCGCUCUUUGUAUUAUACAAUAUAAUUUUAUUUUAAAGUUGGAUCAUUAUACUAAUGAUCAAAUUAAUUAUAUUCUAUCUAAAUUUGGAAUAGAUAAGAACAACAUGUAUUUACCAAAUUUGGAAGAGAGUAAAGGAGGAUGCACCGAUUACAAACAGACUUGCAAAUAUUUCCAAAACUUGACACAAAAUACUAUUUUAAAAUUAUACGAAAGAUAUAAAAUAGAUUUUGAAAUGUAUAAUUAUGAUUUGGAUAAGUACUUGCUAUGUAAAUCAAAAAAUACUAAUAAUCAUAUAUAAUAGUAAUUGCGCACACACAAAAUAUAUGCAAAAUUAUUUAUUUUUUAUAUAUUGUUUCUAUUUAAUUAUGAAUACAUCAAUCACUCUACUCUAUUUU